ACAUAAAUUAUUACAUAAUAACAGUAAUACCUGUUGACUAAAAAAUAAAAAGAAUAAUAACACAAAAUAUGACCGAAAAAUCUACUCAUCAACUAAACAUACUGUUCAUACCUAUCGACGCCGUCGGACACAUCAACUCAUGUCUAUCGUUGGCCGAAGUGUUGACCCGAGCCGGACAUCGGGUAUCGUUUGCCGUCAACGAGCAAUGGCGCGACAAACUCGGUGUCUACGGUGUUCGGGAGUUGCUAUUGGUUGACGAAAACCGACCCGAUAACUCGGGUAAGGACGCGGCCCGUGAAUUUGCCGAAAUGUGUGUCCGUCAGGGUGUCAUCAAACGGGAAACUUCGCCGUUGGAAGGAUUUCGCAAUAUUUUUAUGAAUUCAUUGCCCGAAGUGGGCAAACGUACCGAAGUGUUGGACCGGGAGAUCGGCAAACUGUUAGCCGAUAAACUUAACAGACCUGAUGUCAUAUUUGUUGAACAAGCGUUUUGUUUGCCAUCGGUUGUCCAGUCGGGUAUACCCUGGAUAUAUGUCGGCACUUGUAAUCCUAUUGCCUAUAUUGAUGACGAUCGGACACCGCCAGCUAAUUCAGGUUUGUCAUCAAAAGGAUCGUAUGAUGAGUGGACGGCAUUCAGAGAUGAGACACUAAAAGUCAAACAAAUUGUUUUCAAAGAUUAUAAUAAAUAUUUGCUAUCGAAAGGAGUGUCCGAUUUCCAACCAAAUCAUUGUUUAUAUUUUUCCAAAUAUCUGAAUAUCUAUGGCUAUCCCCGGGAAUUAGAUUAUUUAGAUAUGAGACCAUUGCCUGAUAAAUGGUUUAGAUUUGAUAAUUUUAUGCGAUCAGACCGGCACUUGUCGUUUAAACUACCGGAACAAUUGCUGGACAAACCGGGAAAAUUGAUAUACUUUUCAUUGGGAACUAUGGGUGCCAUUGAUUUUGAUAAUAUGAACCGUUUGACAGGUAUAUUAGCCAAAUCCCAGCACAGGUUUAUUGUAUCGCUCGGACCGUUACCGGAGAAGAUACAGUUGGCCGAUAAUAUGUGGGGACAGUCGUCUGUAUCGCAAAUACAAGUCCUGCCAUUAGUUGAUUUGGUUAUAACUCACGGCGGAAACAAUACUAUCAGCGAAACCUUUUCCUAUGGAAAACCAAUGAUAGUUAUGCCACUGUUUGGCGAUCAGUACGAUAACGCACAGCGGGUUGAAGACACAGGAUUUGGUAGACGACUAGAUGUCUACAAGUGCUCUGAACAGGAACUGCUGACAGCCAUUGAUAGUCUAUUAAAUGAUAAGUUAUUAGUCGAUAGAUUACAACAAAUAUCGAAACGAAUACUUACUGACAAUAGUUUAGCAAAAUUACCGGAAAUUGUCGAACAAUUAGUAAAAUCACAUAAAUAA